AUGUCCUCUCAAGUUAAAGAAGAUUUAUAUGGUGUAUCAUGGUCUAAUCCAGCAUGGAGUCACUUCCUUUGUUCAGCAAACGUUCUCGACUAUUUUUGUGACCUUUCCAAUCCCUUUUAUGAUAGGCAGUGUAAUAAUGAGGUUAUUCGUAUGCAAAGACUCCAUCCUGAGCAACUGUUGUGCAUGACAGGUGUUGAGUUUUAUCUCCAUCACGCUCAAGAACCCAUACUGUUCAUAAUACGAAAGCAGCAACGUUUAUCUCCAACUCAAGUCACUCCAUUGGCUUAUUACUAUGUGAUUAAUGGGACAGUACUUCAAGCGCCAGAUCUUUCUACUCUCCUGAACUCUCGUUUGUUGACAGCGAUUGUAGGGUUGAAGAAAGUAAUCCAGACAUUAGGUCCUUGUGCUCGGUAUCAUCCUUCAGACGGUUCCUAUUCAUGGGAUGACCCUAAUGUUUUGCUUGGAUAUAAUAAAGAACCAGAUCAAACUUAUAUAAAAUCUCAGUCUACCUCAAGUACUGAAAGAGAUCUAUAUAAAAGUGCAAAUUUAUUUCAAGUUCAAAGAACAGAUACCCUACUUGCUGAUUGGAUGAAUCGUUUUCCUGUCCCAUCGGCAAGUUUUAUUCAAAAUCUGGCCAACUCAGGACAAACGUCAUCUGUACCGACAGUUACUUCUGCAGCUAACGCGAGUGGAGUCGUUUCUCUUACAUCAGCUCAAACUACAUCUUCUGGGAAAGAAGAAAAUCUUCAGAACAGCUGCAAUUCUCCAGCUAAGUUACCUACACGGCUGCCUACAUUACCCGGUGUUUCUGUUGUCCCAGGACCAUCACCAAGCACUUCAACGCAGCCAUCACUGCUUGUAGACCGAAAACCUCGUGUUUAG